AUGAUACCCUCCAAGAUGAUGAGUUCUAAUCCUGAGGAAGACCCUUUGGACACAUUUCUCCAAUAUAUUGAGGAUAUGGGGAUGAAGGCCUACGAUAGCUUGGUUAUCCAGAAUGCAUCAGACAUUGCUCGAGAGAAUGACCGCUUGAGAAAUGAAACCAACCUGGCCUACUUGAAGGAAAAGAAUGAAAAACGCCGAAGACAAGAAGAAGCAAUAAAACGCAUAGGUGGCGAAGUGGGGCGGGGCCACGAAGGAAGUUACGCGGGCAAACAUUUCCGCAUGGGAUUCAUGACGAUGCCUGCUCCUCAGGACAGACUUCCCCAUCCCUGCGCCAGCGGCUUUUCCGUGAGGUCGCAGUCCCUGCACUCGGUCGGGGGCACAGACGACGACAGCAGCUGUGGCUCCCGCCGGCAGCCGCCGCCCAAGCCCAAGCGGGACCCCAGCACCAAGCUGAGCACAUCGUCGGAGACGGUCAACAGCGCGGCGCCGGGCAAGAGCGGGAAGGCCCCCGAGCGGCCGGAAGUGUCAGCCAAACCCAGACCCCACAGUGAUGAAUAUUCAAAGAAGAUCCCUCCUCCCAAACCCAAACGGAACCCGAACACUCAGCUGAGCACAUCUUUCGAUGAAACGUACAUCAAGAAGCACGGGCCGCGGAGGACGUCGCUCCCGCGGGACCCCUCUCUGUCCCUGGUGAGCAGCCCGGCGGGGGACCCUGAGGAGGAGGAGCCCGUGUACAUCGAGAUGGUGGGCAACAUUCUCAGAGACUUCAGGAAGGAGGAUGAUGACCAGAGCGAGGCCGUCUAUGAGGAGAUGAAAUACCCCAUCUUUGACGACUUGGGCCAAGAUUCGAAAUGUGACCUUGACCAUCACAGUUGCUCUUCGCAGUGUGCUACUCCCACGGUGCCUGAAUCGGACUUCGCCAAGUCCUCAGUGCCAUGUACUCCAAAGGGUUUGCUUUGUGACAUCCCCCCGCCCUUCCCCAACCUGCUUUCUCACCGACCCCCGCUGCUGGUGUUCCCCCCCGCGCCAGUGCAAUGCUCCCCCAAUUCCGACGAGUCUCCGCUCACCCCGCUGGAGGUCACCAAGCUGCCCGUGUUGGAAAACGUGUCUUACAUGAAGCAGCAGGCCGGCGCGUCUCCGUCCUCACUGCCCUCUCACGCCUCCGGCCACCCCAAGCUGGACAAAGAGCAAGCUGCAGCCCUGGGCCCCAGCCCUGCCGCCGCCGCCUCCGCGCUGUCCUCGUCCCCGCCGCCGCCGUCCACCCUGUACCGCACGCAGUCCCCCCACGGCUACCCGAAGAGCCACUCGGCCUCCCCAUCGCCGGUCAGCAUGGGGAGGUCCCUGACCCCGCUCAGCCUCAAGCGGCCCCCGCCCUACGACGCCGUGCAUUCAGGCAGCCUCUCUAGGAGCUCUCCAUCAGUGCCUCCUCAUUCGACCGGCAGGCCGGUGUCGCAGGAUGGGGCCAAGAUGGCCAACGCCUCAGUGAACACCUACGGCCCGGCUCCGGGUGCCUCCCGGUCCAGGACCCCCACGAGUCCCUUGGAAGAACUAACCAGCCUCUUUACCUCUGGACGAAGCCUGCUGAGGAAGUCGUCCAGCGGCCGCCGUUCUAAAGACCCCACAGAGAAAUCGACAGAGGAACUGAAAAUCCGAAGCCACAGCACGGAGCCAUUACCAAAGUUGGACAGCAAAGAGAGAGGGCAUCACGGGGCGUCUUCCAGAGAGCCUAUCAAAGCUCAGGAAUGGGAUGGAACACCAGGACCGCCUGUGGUCACCAGUAGACUGGGAAGAUGCUCUGUGAGCCCCACCUUGUUAGCAGGAAACCACAGCUCAGAACCGAAAGUAAGCUGCAAAUUAGGCCGGUCUGCCUCCACAUCAGGUGUGCCCCCUCCGUCAGUUACUCCUCUCAGGCCAGCGAGUGACCUGCAACAGAGCCAGGUGGCAUGCAUGCCGUGGUUUCAUGGAGACCAUACAAUGCUUGAGAUGAUUGAGAAAAAGCGUUGCUUGUGCAAGGAAAUAAAAGCUAGACAGAAAACGGAAAAGGGGCUUUGCAAACAGGAUAGCAUGCCUAUCCUGCCCAGCUGGAAGAAGAACACAGGGGCAAAGAAGUACAGCCCUCCACCCUAUUCUAAGCAGCAAACGGUGUUCUGGGAUACUGCCAUAUAA